UUUUUUGUUAUCAUGGUCUAUUUUUGGAACAGUGAGAAAGAGCUGAUUGCAACGGCACAGCGCUGGGCGCGGUAUGUCCGCUAUUUGGGACGGAAAACCUCCUCAUCACUCACUUAAUAUCUCAGUUAAAAAUAUGUGAAAAACAUCGACAGAGUGUGUGACAAGCAGCCAAUACAACAUCUCACAUUUACCCUCACUAGACUACAGAGGCCACUUUCAACACCUGAGUGAUUGUGAUAUCCCAUCAUGCCACUGAUUGUGUUUCCCACCUCCCAGCUUCUAUGGGUGCGUGUAGCCGCCCUGGUGUUCACUUGCGUGGCGUUCAGUGUCGCAGCACACGGAGCCUCUCAUGGAGGUAUGGCUGACUGGUGCAUCUUCUGCUGGGCGUUCAGCUUCACCUGCACCCUGCUGGUCCUGCUGGUGGAGCAGUGUGGCCUCCAGGCCCGAGCCCCAGUGUCUUGGUCCAAUUUCCCCAUCACAGUUGCCUGCUACGCCGCCCUGCUCUGCCUCUCUGCCUCUGUCAUCUUCCCACUUUUUUUCCUUAAGGACCAGCAGCGGAUCUCCAAGGAUACUCGCGACUAUAACAUCGCCGCCACUGUCUUCUCCUGCCUGGCAGCGGUGACCUACAUGGUGGAGGUGAGCCUUACGAAAGCGAGGCCAGGAGAAGUGGCGGGUUACAUGGCUACAGCUCCAGGCCUGAUGAAGGUGUGCCAGACCUUUGUGGCCUGUAUUAUCUUCAUCCUGGUCAGCAACCCUGUGUCAUAUGAUCACCAUCCGGCUCUGAAGUGGUGCAUGGCCGUGUACUGCAUCUGCUUCAUCCUCUCCAUGGCUGUGGUAGUGCUGUGUGUGGGCGAGUGCACCGGCUAUCUCCCCAUCCCCUUCUCCAAGUUCCUGUCAGCUUACGGGCUCCUGGCUGUUAUCAUGUACCUUACAGCUACCAUCAUCUGGCCCAUAUUCCAGUUUGACAGAAAGUACCAGUAUGGAGGCCAAGUGUCGUCAAAACUGAUCGCUGUGGCAGUGCUCACUGCCCUCAACUUCCUGCUUUACCUCGCUGACCUGGCCUACACUGCCAGACUGGUGUUUGUCAGUGCCUGAGAGGAACAGAGAAGAAGGAGGGAGACACACUGAGUGACAAAGGACAGAAAUAAAGAUGCUAAGAGCUUGAGUAGCUUUGCAGUAAAUUGUAGCUGCUGUUGAAUUUCUGACAAAAAAUACACAUCUCUUCCCUUUUUUGUGUUUAAUUGUAAAAUGUUAUGUUGAUACAAGGAAAAAAAUCCCAAACUCACUAAGAGUGUGUCUAUAUGUACACGUUUGCAGCAGUGGCGCCUCCACUUAUCACAAAAACAUUUGGAGGCCUCUGCGUGGUAUUUUUAAACUUCAGAAGGUUUGUUACAAGUCAAUGUUUUGUUCUUUACAGUCAGUGGACUCCUUUGAAUUAAAGCUGUAUAUUUUUUCUUUUAAAAGAAAAGGACAACCAGCCUGUUUUGAAGAAACACUUAUUGCUCAGGCCACACUGCCCGCGUGAGCAGCGAUGACAUCUACCUUGCUUGUAGUGUUUACACAGACAGCGUUGCUGCUGCGGGGCAGUACUUAAUUUUCACAAUUAAAAGCCAGUAUUCCACAAAUUUAUAGAGCUGUGGAAGCUACUGCUUUGUCAACAACACAGCCCUGCAAAUGUUUCACAGUAAAAAGAUUUGGAUUCUGUCCACAGACACAUUGUCAGAGGGCUUUUAUUUUGAAACAGUGUUAGGAAAGGUUUAGUUAAAAAUAAAUAAAGCAAUUUUUCAUGAUUAUGACUGAUAUAUAAAUUGAAACUGUAGUGAAGGGUGGCUAUCUGUUUUUGCUAAAAACCGCGCACGUCAUGCAGAAAAAAGUAGGGAAAACUCCAAAUCUCUAAGUGUUCCACAGCAGACCAGCACUGCUCACGCGGGCAGUGUGGCCCAGACACGUUAAAACAGAAUGGUUACAGAACUCAAAAUGUUUACUGUGUCAGUAUUAGUCUGUGCACAUCAGAUAACAGUAAUAUUAACUGUAAAAUGAGAAAGCAAAGUAUUUGUAAGCGAUUCUUUAACUCACCACAUUGACAUAGCUUUCAACAAGCCCUUAAACUUCACCAGUAUAACCGAAUUCCUUAAAUUCAGUCAUGGAUUUGGGUUUUGGUGUGCCACCCAAAGAUUUUCAGUGGCCCCAUCUGGCCACCCCUGUGAAAUAUUUCUGGGGGCACCACUGGUUUGCAGAUAUCUGCAAUGAAAGUAUUUUACCUCUAAUGUGAAUGGGCCUGUGUUAAAUGUGCAACACAAGUAUUACAUUAACAAAAGUGGGAUUUUUCACGAUGAUACAACAAAACCUAAGUCGGCUGUUAAUGCUGUUAAAAUCCAAACAAGUCAACACACUGGAACAGCAGAAGGGAGAAGAAAUGUAUUUACUGUAUCUGAGACACACCGGCACUCUGGCUGCUGAUGAGGAAGAAUCUUGUGCAAGAAAAUGGGCACUCUCACGACAACCUGUCAAAGAUUUGUUCCGUAUCUGUCUCAUAAUCUUUUGUUAAUGUGGGUUUGAAAAAGCUGUCAUUUUGUCCUGAUAACAAAGCAUCAGUAUUCAAACAUCAAAGAAUGUAACUUGAGCAAGUACAGUUUUUGUGAACCAAUAAAUAUUUUAUUUUAAAGCA